UCCAUCUCACACUCACACUCUCUACGUCCACACUUGCUGUCUGCUAAAUAACAGUGUCAGGAAUACCAUCUAUCAUGGUGGGCUACUGUCCCAUCUGUGGGAAACCCGUCUACUUUGGUGAGAAGAAGAGGUCGUUGGGGCGUGACUACCACCCUCUGUGUCUGAAGUGUCAACAGUGUCAGAGACAGUUGACCCCAGGACAACAUGCAGAG